AAAACAUUCUUUUCCUUUUUUGAAAAAGAAAAAAAUUAAAAGCCUAACCCCAAAGAUAGUGCGAGGUAGCUUGAAUUUGACUUCACUUUACUCGUGGUGCUGGUGUUUGCUUUGUUGAAACUUGAAUCAAUGGCACCGCUGCAGAAGAAAUCGAGCAAGACGAAAAGGAAGAAGAAGAAGACUAAGAAAUUCAAGAAGCGCAGCAGUAAAGAGGUCACCCUUGUCCCCGUUGAGCCCCGAACCGGAGAAACCGAUUGGUGGGACUCUUUCUGGCACAAAAAUUCCACUGCUUCAGGGUACAGUGUACCUACUGAUGAGGCAGAAGGGUUUAAGUAUUUCUUUAGGAUGUCACAGAGUACCUUUGAGUACAUAUGUUCUCUUGUUAGGGAGGAUCUCAUAUCUAGGCCUCCAUCUGGCCUAAUCAACAUUGAGGGAAGGCUUCUCAGUGUUGAGAAGCAGGUUGCCAUUGCCCUUAGAAGGCUGGCAUCUGGGGAGUCUCAGGUUUUAGUUGGAGCCGCCUUCGGUGUUGGCCAAUCGACUGUCUCUCAGGUCACUUGGAGGUUCAUUGAGGCACUGGAGGAACGUGCCAGGCACCAUCUCAAUUGGCCUGAUUUCGACAGGAUGCAAGAGAUCAAGCGUGGUUUCGAAGUGUCCUACGGGCUGCCUAACUGCUGUGGAGCUGUUGACGCGACACACGUCAUGAUGACCCUUCCGGCGGUGCAGACCUCGGAUGACUGGUGCGAUCAGGAGAAGAAUUACAGCAUGUUGUUGCAGGGGAUUGUGGAUCACGAGAUGAGGUUCAUUGAUAUGGUCACUGGUUUGCCUGGUGGCAUGACAUAUUCCAGAUUGUUGAAGUGUUCGACGAUUUUCAAACUCACCGAGAAUGGGGAUCGUUUGAAUGGAAAUGUAAGGACUUUAGGUGGAGGGGAUGUGAUAAGAGAGUAUAUAGUGGGUGGCCACAGCUAUCCUCUUCUUCCAUGGCUUAUGACUCCUUAUGAAGGGAAUAGCAUAUCAAAUGCACAGUCCAUUUUUAAUCAUAAACAUGGGCCUGUAAGGUUUCUUGCAGUGAGAGCAUUAUCACUGUUAAAGGGAAGUUGGAGAAUCCUCAGUAAGGUUAUGUGGAGACCUGAUAAAAGGAAACUACCAAGCAUUAUCUUGACAUGUUGUUUGCUUCAUAACAUUAUCAUUGAUUGUGAAGACACCUUGCAUCCAGAUGUUGCCUUGUCGGGUCAUCAUGAUUCGGGAUAUCGUGAACAGCAUUGCAAGCAAGUUGAUCCAGCAGGGAAGGCCAUGAGAGAAAAUUUGUGCAAGCAUUUACAACAUGCUAAGCAGUUACAUGUCCAUGGUAGUUCUGAUGUUUUGUGAAUCUGAUCUAAAAUGACUUUUGGUGUCAGCAUUCUGAUGCAGAACUUAGAACUGAGUUGUUUCGGAGUUGAGUUUAGCAUAAGUUUCUUAAUCUCCUUGUAUUUUGUGAAUGUAAUUUUAGGUUUGUUACUUUUGUGGAUAAAUUAUUGCAAGAAAUAUUUCUGAUCAUAAUUCAAGAGGCUUAGAGGCACACCCUCUCCAUUCUUGUUGCA